AUGAACUCCUCUCAGAGCGCGGUCUUCACGCUCGCCGCUUUCCUCGACAGCAGACACUUCAGAUACCUCGUUUUCACGGCGGUCGCGUGCGUGUACGCGGUGACCGUGGCAGCGAACGUGUGUGUGAUCGUGGUCAUCUGCGUGAACAGAAGCUUACAUGAACCUAUGUACCUUUUCCUGGUCAGCCUGUGUGUGAAUGAGCUGUAUGGUAGUUCAGGGUUGUUUCCCUUCCUGCUGCUUCAGAUCCUCUCUGACCUUCACACCGUUUCUGCUGCAGCUUGUUUCCUGCAGGUUUUCUGUAUUUACUCGUACGGAAGUGUCGAGCUUUUAAACUUGGCCGUCAUGUCUUAUGACCGGUACCUGGCCGUCUGUCGUCCUCUGCGGUAUAACGCUCGCAUGACCACGAACAAGGUUCUGGUGCUGGUUUCUCUCAGCUGGUUCUCGCCUGUUGCAGUGGUUGUUCUGAUGUCCUUCGUGGGUUCUUUGCGUCUCUGCGGGAACAUUAUUAACAAAGUUUACUGUGACUAUUACUCCAUCGUUAAACUGUCCUGCUCCGACACAGCAGUCCAAAACAUUUACGGACUCGUUUACGCCUCUCUGUUAAUCUGUUGCACUCUAACUGUGAUCGGUUACAGUUCCACCGAGAUCCUGAAAGUCUGUUUUUCCGGCUCCAGACAGACGCGACGGAGAGCCGUGAGCACCUGCUCGCCUCACCUGGCCUCGCUGCUCAACUUCUCCCUCUGUAGUUUGUUUGAGGUCGUUCAGAGCAGGUUUGACGUGAGCGGCGCUCCCGGCGUGCUGCGCAUCGUUUUAUCCUUAUACUUUCUCACGUGUCAGCCUCUUUUUAACCCUCUGAUGUACGGCCUGAACCUGUCCAAAAUCCGCAGUGCGUGCAAAAGUCUUUUCUGA